UAACGAUGUCUCCGACUUAUCAUGUUCCAGAAAACGCCACCAUUACGUGCGACAUCGUACGCGAUAUCCUCGACACCCACAACAGAAUACGUCAGUCCAUCGCCGAGGGAUCAAUUAAUGCUCAACCACCUGCCGCCAAUAUGCGCAAACUGUAUUGGGACUCCGAGUUAGCCUCCAGUGCUCAGGACUUGGCGAAUCAAUGCACAUUCGCUCACAAUGAUCCGAAGGACAGAGAAGUCGGUACGUACAGCUCGAUAUUAAAAAUGAGAUAUUUUUCUGUGUCAGAGAGAUUCCAGGUUGGGCAAAAUAUUGGCUUGAUGAGGACACGGGCGAGCCGCAAUAGCACAAAGGUGGACUUUCCUAAGCAAAUAUACAAUUGGUUCAAUGAGCACAAACUCUACCAGUUUGGCGCCAUUAACGAAACGAUUCUGCCAGUAGCUGGCCAUUAUACACAGCUCGCGUGGGCGGAUACUUACUUAGUCGGAUGUGGCUACUCGCAGUAUAAAACGUUGAAUGAUACGAUUUAUCGGCUUUACAUCUGCCAUUACGGACCAGCUGGCAAUGAAAUUAGCAAGCAACCGUACGUCAUUGGCAACUGCAGUUGCGACCAGGGUUUAAAAGCUUCAAGCAAAUAUCCCAAUCUUUGCGAUCUCGAGAAUGAGUCAGCAAGUUGCCCCGAGGACAAUGUCGAGAAACUUCACAGCGAUGCAGACCUCGUGCCUGUUGAAAACGGUCGUAGAUUUUUUAAUAACCUGCGCGCUGACACGCGUCGAGAAAAAAGCAUUACGUACGACAUGAUGAAGAAACAACCCGCUCACGCGAACAGCAAAUCCAUCCUCAUCUCAUCUCCAAGGAUAUUUUAUUAUGUGCGACCAAAUUCUAAUAUUCUGAUAUUCAGAGGUAACUUAAAUAAUCGCAAUAACAGUAAUUUGAACAUGUUUAUAUUUUUUCAACAUUUUCACUUAAUAAUAUUAAAUAAAUCGUAAAUAUUGCAAAAAAUGAUAAGAGUCCAGAAUUCUGAAACGAUAGGCGUUCCGAUAUGUUCUGUAAUUAAAAAAUUUCAUAAUCGUAAUCGGAGAGCUAAAUUUUAUAAAGUCUGAUUUUCUUCUUUGACAAAAGAACCAAAAUCUUAUUAGGACAUUAUGUCCUAUUUAACGAAAAUUGUAUGAAAAAUAUGUAAAAUUAAAAGAGAAAGGUAAAAAUAAAGAUAUAUAUAUAUAUAUAUAUCGGGAAAAGAGAGACCAAGGAUGCGCAGCGCAUCUUUUAAAUAAUAUUUAUUCUUAUUUUAAAAUAUAUGCACAACAGCUUAGGUAUUAUUCACAAUUAGGUUUUGAUUUACAAGUAUGUAUAUCUUUACAGUCCGCAAUGCAGGUAAAUCUAAGUUUAUCAAAGAUUACGACCGCAUACUUCGUAAUAUAUUAUAUAAGAAUUUAAAUUCAAAAUUGCCUACCUACAGCCUUUCGGUAUACCGCCAAGAAUCUGAUAAUGAUCACAGAUCGUAGAACGUCGUUUCGUUCGUUCGACUGGACGAAAGAAAAUGUUUUCACGUAAUAAGUGAACGCAGAAUGAUUGUAGAUUGUAUCGAAAUCAUCUGUGUCUCAUCAAAAUUGUUUCUUAAUCCCAAAGAUCGUUUCGAUCGACAUAUGCGAUAUAAUAUGUAACUUUUCUUGCACGUUCCUCAGAAAAUAAUUUUUAUGCGUAAAUAUUUAUUAUAAAAUAAAUUUAUAAAUAAGACCUUUCAAGCUUUAUUUUUCAAUUACACAAUUGUUCGGUAAAGAGAUUCAAAAAUGUAACAAACAUUUCUUUUUUUUAAUAUAAGAGAAAUUUAAUUUAACAAUUUCUCUUUUAAGAUAUUUGGCAAUCAAAAUCGAAACUUUGCGUCACACAUUUUCCUUAUAGAUGGAAUCCAUUUGAACGUGUUAAUAAUUAAAUACACGUUCAAGAAAGGGCAUGAAAUUGUUUAAUUAAUAUAUCAUUUUAACGGUAUAAGAAAAUCCGUACUAAAAUAUUUUAAGUGGCACGAUUACGAAGUUUACUUUGCGGAGACGUGCGCACGCAUAAAGUACUUACGCUAAUAAGUUUGGAGCACGUAAGAUUUUAAUAUAACUUACUUUAGGUCCCCGCGAAUUUCAAGAUGACUCGUUAAACUUAACUAUUAAUUACGUUCAAGCUCCCUAAGAAACGCACAGUGUAUCCACCUAAAAUACAAGAGUUUACGUAAGGUGUACACCGAAGAUAAUACACACCGUAAUUCCUUUUUCCAAUUUUUCCCGAUUAACGGAUUCGUCCAGCGUUACAACGCCUCAGUAAGCAAUCGCAUUGCACCCUGGACGCACCCUUCGUUGCGUGAAAACAUUUUCUCGUCCAUGUCCGCUUGUCACGUUAACAAUAGUGAUGUUACCGGACUAAUUAGUACAAUCGUACACCAGUUUUAGCACGUUACCAAACGCCGCCGCAAUAAAUUACAUAACUGAAUCUCCUCGUGAUGAACUAGAUGAUGAAUCCUCUUGAAGUAAAUUCAGACAAAGACCUCAAAGUCUUCCUGAAGGAGAUGGAUUUAAUCGUUUCAAUUAUUCAAUACUUGUUAUAAAACUUGGUGCAAUUUUGAGUCAACUGGUCUGACAACGAUAAUAAUGCCAGUGACUUUUCAAUGGACAAAAAGACCCACCAAUGAUAAUCACCAUGGCCAUGAUGCCGAGCAUGGAUAUGAGACAAUCGAGGAAGCGAGCUUAAUUAAUUAUACUUAAUUAUUCGCCAUAGUAAUAAGUGAGGUUCGUAGUAUUUAUUUCGUAAAAUAGAUUCUCGUUCGCUUCUAGCUUUGUGCAUAGCCAUUGUCUGUGUUUCUCUUUCUCUCCCUUUCUCUCUUAGGUCUUCUUCAUCUAAUGGUCGGAAGAGCAAUCUGCUCAGAAGAACGUAAACUCGAUAAGGAUAAUUCAAAUAAACUCUGCUUCGAAUCUAGCUCAAUUUAAACGCUAUAAACGCGUUGAACGUGUAAUAAACAUUUAAUAGCAAUUGCUACUUUUAAUGGUAUCCGCAUUUAUGUCGAAUUUCACGCAUUUAGUUAGAACAUGUCUGUAGUUAGAGUUUUCUCUUGAUAAAAAUGUAUCAAGAUAUCGAAAGCAAUGUAAUAUACAAUUGUCAAUAAUGUAAAAUAAAAUAAGAAUAUUUACGGAAUAUCAAUACGUCGAAUUUACUCUCUUCUAAAGCGAACGCCAACAUUAGUGAUAGAGCUAACGUCAGGUGUAUGUCGAUUCAGAUCUCGAGUAAUAUUUAAAAAUUACAUAAUUACAUGAUGACACGAUAGUCGUAACAGUAGCCGACACAGUGUGGCAGCGAGUGCAAGAUAAUUCGGGACAGACAUUGUGACGUAGAAAAAUCAAAAGUUAUUGAGCUGUGAAUGCCCACGACGGAUUGCAAAACGUACAUACUUAGGGUAUAUAUGCACAUUACACAUGUAUAUGUGUAUAUUAUGUACUAUCGUAUCACAUAUGCGCCAUAUAUACAUUUAUCUAUGAACAGGAUGGUCGGAUUGAUAUCUUGGACCAUCAGCGUCAUCCCCGCUAGAUUAUUUUCAGAAAACUUUCUUACGAAUUGUUUGCAUUUUUAAAUUGGAUAUCGAAUUCGUAUGCAGAAUCGUUAAAAAGUUGCUGCAAUAAAUGUAAUCCGCCACUCGAAGAAGCCACGCAGUUCAUUCCGAUCUCCGAUUUUGAAUCCUCUCGAUUCUUUUUAUUAUCUUAAUAACUGCGAUUAUCUUAAGAUUUUCGAUUAUAAUGCAUAAGCAUGAGAAUGCGUAAAAAUUGCUUACACUUUACAGGACGGUGGUGCAGGACGCUUAACAAGUGACAUAACAUCGCGAGGACUGAUUCUGCAUGCGAGCAUUAAAUUUAAAUUAGAUCGACGUAUUUUUAAUUUUAUAUCUCUGCUGUUUUUUUUUUCAUUUAACUCAUCAUGCAUGUAAUGUUGUUAAAGAAGCAAAAAUUAAUGAAGCACAUGGCGAGACAAAAAAUAUUUCGUUUAUUCGCAAUUAUUCAAUAAUUACCAAAUUUCUCGAUCCGAAUAGCAAUAUUUGACAA